AUGGCGCAGUCCGUGGAGCGCAUGAAGAUCGACUCCGAGAACGUCCCCCUCACCGCGCUCGCGGGCAGAACCCCAGGGCGGACGCCGAACAAGCGCGCGACGAUGGGCGGACCGACGUUCGUGCCGCCGCCGCGCAUGGGCAGCUCUCCGCCGUCGUCGCCGCUGGCGAACAGAAGCAACGUGGACGACGUCACGUGGGCGGCGCAGGGCGCGCGGUCGGGGUAUCCCGCGCAGCCGCAUCAUGACCGUCGCGUCGGAUCCGCCGACAUGGCGCCGCCGCCGCCGGUGACGCGGCACGACCGCAGGCAGACGAUGGCGCCGAACAUGAUGUCAGCGUACAGGUUGAAAGAGGAGGAGGAGGAACCCGCGCUGAUGGCCGCGCCGAUGCCCCCCCCCGGGGGGGACCGGUGGGGACGCGGGAACGAGGCGUGGCGCGACGGCCCCGCCGCCGCCGCCGCCGCCGCCGCCGCCGCCGCGCCGCCGCCGCAGCGUGAGACGAACCGCCGCCACUCGACGUACGUCAGCGGGGGGUCGUACCAAACCCACCAGCACACGAACGGCGGCGGCGCGACGUCGGGGAUGCCGCCGUCGAUCUCGAGAGACGCGGACGCGUAUUACACCCCGGCGUCGUCGCCGUGGGGGAGCCCGCCGAAGAGCUACUACAGCGCUACUUCGCGGACGAAGGCGAACGACGACGCGAGCGGCGGCGGCGCGACGUCGCCGCCGUCCGCGCCGCCACCGCCGCCGUCGUCGCACGGGUACAACACCCGAAGCGCGCGCAAGGCGGCGGCGGAGGCGCCGUCGAGGCCGGACUCCGCGAGGGACGACCGCGGCUACCCGAGCUACCCCGCCGCCGCCGGCGUGACGUCGCCGAGCGCUUCGUACUUGCGAGGGUUACAAGACCCGCCGCCGCCGCCGGCGGCGGCGGCCGCGCGCAGGGAGCACGCGACGCACCAAGCGUACCCGUCGACCAUCCCGGGGACGAACGCGCCGCCCGGGACGGGGUACGCGCAUCUCAUGGUGAACAAGCCCGCCGGGACCGCGGCGGGGGCCGCCGCUCUCCUCGGCGCCGCCCCGGAGGGAUGCUACCUCGGCACGUGGCGCGGGGACGAGCGCGCGCGCGUGCUCGCAUACGAGGCGUGUCUCCAAGCGUGCCUGGAAGGGUCGCUCGGGACGAACGCGCCGCAGCACAAGGUUGACAUGGCGGUGCACUUUCUCGCGGAUCGAUGCGCGGAGCUCCGAAAAGGAUUUGGCAUGGACGGCGUCCUCGUCGGAAGCAAAGGCGACGGCGGCGGCGGCGGCGCCCUCGGCGCGAUCGCGAAGGGCAACGCCGCGUCCGUCGCCGCCGCGGACGUGGACGAUCAGGUAUCCUCGACGCGGCGGCAGACGUUCGACACCGGGUGCGGGCAACGAUGGAGCGGCGUCACCGUCGACGUCACGGAAGUGUCCAUCAUCACCCGCGGCUGGAAGCGGUUCACGUCGCACCACCCGAGAGAGGUGUACCAGACGUUCAAAGAGAAGGGCGCGAAAGCGAGCGCGAAGCUCGUGCGGACGACGCCGGAGCCGCGCGGGGACGUGUGCGUCGUCCGCGCGGACAGCGGCGGAUUUGGCGGCGUCGGCGGCGGCGACUCCGCGACGCUCCACGUCGGCUGCGGCGACGCGCGGAUCCGACUCGCCGCCGCGGACGAGGCGCUCGUGUUCGAGGUUGACCUGGGCGAGGGGAAGAUCGCGAAGGCGUGCCCGACGUUGGAGGAAGUCGCGAAGAUGUCCAACGAAGGACGCAACAUCGUCGAGCUUCCGCUUUUACUUCGCAACGGCAAGGAGAAGGGAUACGUUCGCUUCACCGCGCACCUCGAACCGAUCGGCGGGUACGACUGGGGCGCGCCGCUGACGAACCUGGAUCACACGAACGGCGUGUGCGGCGGGUUGAACAGCUUCGGCGGCGACGCCGCGGGGUGGUCCUCCGGCGCGAACGCGCCGCUGCCCGCCGGGACGGCGUACGACGUCGCGUUGAACGCCGCGUUGCGAUCGCUCGGGUUCCACCGCCGUCGCCUGAACAUUCAAGGCCCGUGGGCGUGGCUCUUGCGCGAGCUCUCCGAGCUCCAGGGCGUCUCGCCGAACCACACGUCGCUGCGGUACGUCCGGCACGUCCUCGCGGUCGCGACGCCGACCGCGGACUGCCUCGCGAGCAUCCUCGAUCACCUCGCGCCGUGCCUUCGAGAGCACGCCGAGGGACGGCUGAACGCGUCCGAGGCGGAGCAACUGAAGGGGAUCAAAGUCGCGGUGGAUCAGCUCGUCGGCGUGUGCUUCCAGAACUACAAGAAUCUCAGCGAGGACGAGCCGAGAGGGAUCGCUAAGGAGGUUCCGCAGGUGGUCCCCGCGCCCGCGCUCGCGAUCGCGCUCGAGCUGUCGCGGAUUCUUCAAAAGGACCCGCUCGCGCCCGAGUCCAUCCGCGGCCUUCAGUCGCACUUACAAACCGCCGCGCGGUCGUGCUACCGACGGCAUCACUCCAUCUUCCUCGGCGCGCGGCACAAGAACGCCAUCGGGGGCGACGAGAGCGGGGAGUUGGACGCCGGGCACGCGCGCCUCUUCGCCGGCCUCUCCGAGCUCUGCCUCGGUCUGUGCCGCGAGCUCGGGACGGACCACACGAUUCAAGACGCCAACGUGCUCCCUCUCGGCGUCCGCCUCCCUCAGCUCGCCGCCGGGGUGUACUGCACGGAGGCGUCCGCGUGCGUGGAGAAGCUCCUGACCGCGCACCCUCCGCCCGCGCCGCCCGGGCCGGAGGCGAUCGACCUCGUGGACGCGCUGUGCGAGCUCCAAGAAGCCGCCGUCGCCGCCGACGUCAGCGAUUUAGGCCCGGAGGAGCGGUUCCAAGGCGUCGUCCCGACGCACGACCGCGCGAAGAACGGGCCGUACCCGGGCAUCGGCGGCGCCCCCGCGGCGAGCGCGAUGGACCCUAAGCGUCUUUUCCAGCCCCACGUCGCGUCGUGGAUCGAGUCUGGACGAGAGACGCUCCUGCGCGGCUGCAUCGCGGCGUUGGCGAAGCACGGCGUCGGCGGCGCGGCGAUGGACGACGCCUACCGCGAAGCCAUGCGCGCGCUGGAAGGGUUCGAGAGAGUCGUCGCGCGGUGGCCGGACGCCGCGGUCGCGCUCGAGGAAGUUCUCGCGGACGCGGAUCGUCUUCUCUUGCAGCGCAUCAGCGCGAGCGUGGACGACGGGAAGGCCCACGGCGGCGGGCUCUUCGGCGGCCGCGGCGCCGCCGCCGGAUUCGGCGGCGGCGGCGCGCGCGAUCGCGAAUACGGCGCGGGGUACGGCGCCAGGGACGGCGACGACGACGACGCGCCGCAGCCGACGCCGUACCGCGACGAGACCAACGAACCGAAGAAGAAGGAGAUGCGCGGCGCGAUGAACCGCCUCCGAGCGCGCGCGGGGAAAGCCGCGGCGGCAACGGUGGAGAAGGCGCGGUCGAAAUUUCAUCACGGCGACGACGACGCGCGCGCGGGGACGCGCGCGAAGCUCUCGCACGCGGGCGCUGAGGACGGGUACGUCCCCGCCGAGCUCGGCGCCGCGCUCACGGCGUUGAAAGCGAUGGAGGUGCUGCGUCCGGAGGUUGGCCAGCGGCUCGUGCUGUGGGUCGCCGCCGCGGGCGGCGGCCAGCGCGCCGCCGGGGAGGAGUUUAGCCGCCGCAGCGCCGAGGUGCUCGGCGAGUUGCGCGCGCAGUACAGCGACAAGCUUCGCAGAGCCGUCGGCGGCGUCGCGGGCGCGGGGCCUUCGCUUCUCAACGCGCUGCGCGACGCGGCGAUCCACGGGCCCGGGGGCGCGCACAGGGAGUUCGAUCGCAAGAAGAAGCAGCGCUCAAACCGGUCGCGGAACGCGAGCCACCACCACAGGGAGUGGGAGCACGGCGAGCGCGACGCCGCGGACGGGGACGCGUCCGACGCCGGCGUCGACGACGACGACGCGCGCGGCGACGACGCGAGCGCGCGCGGCGACGCGCGAGGUUCGAACGAACGCGCGGGCGAGGACGAGCUCGACUUCGUCGUCGCGCCGAUCUUGUCGCAUGUCGACGUCGUCGCGCGCGGGCUGCGGCGGUCCGUGCCGCAGAGACGCGCGCUCGUUGGGGUGUUACGCGGGCUGUGGUCGCACUACGGCGGGGAGGCGUUGAAGUUUGUCGAGGAGGAUCUGCGGCAGCGGUCGUCGUGGCGCCUGCGGUUGAUCGCGACGGGCGCGUGCGAGAGGGUCUCCGCCGCGGUCGGCGCCGCGAUCCGGGAGGCGUUAGGGCACGACGUCAAGGAUAAGGAUCUCGAGCCGCCCACGCUCGUGACGAAGCUCAGCGCGUUCGUCGACGGCGGCGCGACGGAGUCCGUCUCCGUGUAUUAA